UUUAUACUUCAUUACUUCAUUUGGUAGCGGUACUCAACUACUCACAGUCUCUCAGUAACAGUAGAGACGCGGCACAAAACAGACGCGUCGUAUGUUAGUUUAUCGUUUCAUAUAAAUGCGUAAUACUCAAAGCAAAAGAAUUUUAUGAACAUGACAACUAAACCAGAAGACUCUACGAAAUGUGUAGAAGAAUUGAAGGAAUGGAUCAACCGACAACCUCAUCUACCAAAAAAUAUAGGUAAUAAUCUCUUGCUCCGGUUCGCGCAUAGCUGUUACUAUGACUUGGAAAAAACAAAGAAGGCGUUGGAAAUGUUUUUUACGGUGAGAGGAACAUGUUCCGAUCUCCUCACGAACAGGGAUCCCCAGUCGGCGCAAAUGCAGAAAGUUAUUAAAAUUAUAGACCUCUGUCAAUAUCGCAUAUCCGGCAACAGAUGGCUUUGGAUCUGGCAGCUAAACGAUCCGGGUCUAGAAAAUUACGAUUAUAUAUCAGAUGUCAAAUUUUUUUUCCUGAGUACUGACUGUAAUUUCCUUGUGGGCGAAGAUUUACCAGAAGAGGAUAUAGUCAUGAUGGAUGCAAAGGACAUUACACUGAGAUUUCUAACUAAGAUUAACCUGUCAGUAGCGAGAAGACUAGCGAAGUAUCAGGAGGCAACAAUGCCCAUCAGACUUAAACAGAUACACGUUGUGAACGCCCCGCCUUUCAUAGACAAAAUAUACGGAGCCUUAAAACCUUUCAUGAAGAAAGAGAUUACGGAAAUGAUACAUUUCCAUCCGCCAAAGUCAGAGACAUUAUACAAGUAUUUUAGCAAGGACGAAUUGCCGUCCAACUACGGCGGAACUCGACCUUCUAUGCUCGAACUCAAGGAGGAUGUCAUGGCGAAAAUCGCGAGCAAUAGAGAUGCAUUGUUAGACGAAAAUCUAUGGAGGAUCGUCGAUAAGAAAAAAACCGAAUCGUCCAUAGAUGCUGGAUCAUUCCGAACCCUCGCUAUUGACUAAAGUAUAUUUGUAUACGUUGCUAUGUAAGUAACAAGGUUCUGGCUGUGUUAAAAAUGCACAAACAACCCAUAUAUGUGUGUUAGAUAACAAUAUUUUUAUUCUAUUUUUGUAUAUAUUUAACAUAAUAUCGAUAAGUUUUAUCAACAACAAUGUACUGGCUGUGCUGACAAUAUACACUAUUAUAUUAAUUUGUAAACAUACACAAUAACAUUUGAAAGACACUAGCAUAUAUGUGCUAAAAAUACAUACAUAUGUGUAAAAUUCAAUGGAUUGAAAUACUUUUUUUUUUAUAUUUAUAUUAAAAAUAUAAUUAAGCUUUGUAUAAACUAUAUAAAUAUUGUAAAAGUUUGUGAAAUGUGUGUGUGAAAUCCACGUGAAAAAUAUUGGGAACCUGUACGUCAAAAUAUUUUGUUUUGUAUAAGAAUAUUACGUUUUAUUAAAAAAUAUAAUAUACAUUUCUUUCAAUCUC